AUGGGGGUGCCGAUCACAUAUCAAGUCAACAACUCCUACUACAGAAGUGGGUACUACUUGACUGACGGCAUCUACCCCAAUUGGCCUAUUAUCGUGAAGAGUCCUACACAUCCAACGGACGCGAAGGGGAAGAGGUUCAAAGUGAUGCAGGAAGCAGCUCGCAAGGAUAUCGAACGAGCUUUCGGCGUGCUUCAAACUCGUUGGGCAAUUGCCAAAGAACCAUCACGUUUUUGGAGCAAGGAGAAGAUGAGCGACAUCAUGUUCACGUGCAUCAUUUUGCACAACAUGAUCAUCGAAGAUGAAGGCGAGCACACAACGCAAUGGGAAGAAGAGGUCGCCGACGAAGCUUCGAGUAGCACCGCCACAUCUUGUCCUCGUGCCGGUGUUCCGCUGAAUUUUCGUGCAUUUGUGGCACGACAAACAUCCAUGUGA